CACCACUUGGAGCGCUGUAAGUUAAGAGUGCUAUCUCGCUGCGCUAACUUCGUGAGCGGCUGUCAUUGCGGAGUUAAUGAUAACUUAUAUAGAAGGUUAUCGCAAUUUGGUCAUUGCAAACUUGGGUUUACCCAGCGAAAUACAGUGUAACAAGCGCACAAAGUUGUAGUGAAUUAACAAUGACAAAGUAUUGUGUCGUGCCGAAAUGCAAGACUGGAUGCAAAAGUGUCGCAGUGAAGUGUUCAGUUUUUAAAGUGCCAAAAUGCGACGAAUUGCGUAAAAAAUGGAUAUCUGCAAUCCCUGGCAUAAAGGACCUGAAACCCAACCAAUGCGUAUGUGAAAAACAUUUUGAUAAAGCAAGUAUAAUAAGGGAGCUCGUAAUGCGCGAUGCACAAGGAAACGUGGUAACCGAGGCUAAGUACCUGCGAACUCGUUUAUCUAAAUCUGCUGUGCCCACGAUUUUCUAUGAGUUUUCCUCGACUACGUUAGUUUCCAAGGACGAGGAUUUGCAGGAAGAAAAGUUGGGUGUAGAUGCUGCGAGUAAUGGAUCGCUUAACUCAGACGUGCAUUGUACACUAUCAAAAUCCAUCGAAAUCACAUUGCCUAUUCCACAGUCUGUUGAUGUGACAACCGAUGACAUUGACGAGUUUUUGCUCUCUGAAAGCACGAAUGUCAAUAUAGAGAAUUUGAGUGCAAUUGAUUGCCAGCAAAGCAAAAAAGAAACAAAUGGUUUCACUGAUUGUGAGAGAAUAUCGGACUCGGUUGACCUAAAGCUCAUGAAAAGUAUCAGCAUGGCGUCGUACAAAGAUUCGUUAAUCACAAUACCAAAGUCGUGGAGUUUCACCGAGUCGUACAGAGGAACAAAACGGUAUUUGAUAUUCUCACACGUACGGUUGAUGACCAAUAAUGACACAGAUGGUCCUAUUAUAGACAAAAGUCUCAUAAUCGACGACGUAGACGGCACAAUUGAUUACAAGAUUUUUGGAAAAUCGGUCGACAUUCAAGAAAUUAAGAUCUUGCAAAAUAUGAACGAUGUAACGUCGCUACAUGCCGUUUUGUCAAAAUUCGAAAGCAUGCCAGUUUGUCAAGGAGUUGGUCCAGUUGAAGAAUGUCUUAUUGAACGAGACAUCGCGUAUCGAACUUCUUGCAAUGUUUGGCAUCAUACCGAUUGUGAAUUAACCACCAAAACGAAAAGGUGCAAACGUUGCACAAUAUUGAAAAACACGUUGCUGCAAAAAAAGGCACGUUUUAAAAAGCGUGAUCAAGUAAAAAGAGUCGUGGGAACCACAAAUCCAAUUGAUCUUAAGAAAAUAAAUGCCUUGAGAAAAAAAUUGAGCGUAACGCGUCGAAUGAAAAAUCGAUCAAAAAUUCGAAUCGCCUUGUUGCAAGAUCAUUUGCAGUUGCAGUUUAUCUCUAAGCAAAACGAGCUGGCAAAUAUUCAGGACGAAACAUUGGAGAAAAAAUGUCCUUGAAUAUACCAAAAACAA